AUGUCACAGGAUGAUUGGCCAAAAAGCACAUAUAUGCCAGAGGUGAAUCCCCAUCCAUUGAUUUCCCAGAUAAGAAAUGACUAUCCUUUAGAUGCUGUUGCCCAGUAUCUUUAUGAAAAUGCUCCGCUGCCCUCUGAAAUUAUUUCCAGCUUGGAAAAGAGAGUAAAUGAAUGCAAAAUACAAGCCCAGGAGCAUGCUGAACAUGUAUUUACUUUGGAAUCAGAAAAAUCAGAAAUAGAUGAGCAAUCAGAACAAGUUGAUGAAACAUCAUCCGCUGAAUCACAGGGUAUUUUGAAGAAGAAAAAGAAAAAAGUGAAGUUUCCUGUAGAUGCCAUACAAGACUCAAAUGGUAAAAGCCUGGAGAAUUACAGUUUUCCUGGCUUCAAUUUGUGGAAACUUACGAAACUUCCAAACCAUGUAGAACCUGCACAACUCUGGGACUCAGUUCUAAAAGUCCAAAUUUUCAAGGGUGUGAAUAUCAAAGUUUUGAAGCGGCUGUUUUUUUCUGAACCAUCUCUUGCGAUUUUGCAGGAUUGUUUUUGGUGGUGGUUUCUUCAUAAGUUCAAGCCUAAUCAAGAUGAACAGGACCACUUUUUUGACAGAAUAUCAGCUAGCUAUGUGACCCUUCUGUGGAGCAUACCCAAUUACAUUAAAGAUGAUUUUCUUCAGAUGUAUCCUGACAGCUUGUCCCAAGCCAUCUAUGUUACUUUUUGUGAAGCUUUUCCUCAAUCUUGUGAUCGUUUUGAUGAUGAGUUUAAAGAUGAAUUAAUGGAUUUAAUUUUCCAGUGGAUAAGAGGUUUUAAACCACAAAAAUUUGCCUGGAAAAAGUGGAACUUGGGGUGGAUGGAAACACUUAGAAAAUCUAAGGUAGAGAAAGAUUCUCAGAAAUCAUCACAUACAAAACUUCAGCCUAGAAGAAGGUCAAGGUCAAGGUCAAGAUCAAGAUCAAAAUCAAAAUCAAAAUCAAAAUCAAGAUCAAGAUCAAGAUCAAGAUCAAGAUCAAGAACAUGUAAGUACCAGGCAAAUGGAUACAAGGAAUUAUCCAAUGUUUGUUCAAGAGCUGUGUAG